AAAAUACCAGAGAAGGAGAACAGAGUUCUUUCCAGAGAGGCAUCAAGUGAAGUUUUCAUUGCCCUCUGCACUCUCAUUUUGCUGUCGUGUAACUUUCUGCUUUGUCUGGCAUUUAUUUCGAUUUCCCAAAAUGUUUGCUGCCAGACGAGCGCUGCGUCUUUGUCAGAGAGUUGCAAACAUUAAUUUAUCGCGACGCGGAUGUGCUGGUGCUGUUCCUGUAGAUGACAUCGUCAACGGGCUCACCGACGAGCAAAUCCAGCUCAGACAGACGGUUCAGAGAUUCUGCCAGGAGAAACUCGCUCCACAGGCCGAUGAGAUUGACAAGAAAAACAAGUUUCCUCGCAUGAGGGAGUUUUGGAAGGAAAUGGGUGACCUUGGACUGCUUGGAAUCACUGCUCCAGUGGAGUACGGUGGAACGGGAUUGGGAUAUCUCGAUCACGUGAUCGUCAUGGAAGAGAUCUCCCGAGUUUCUGCAGCUAUUGCACUCAGCUAUGGAGCGCACUCCAACCUGUGUGUAAACCAGCUUGUUCGACACGCAAACCAGAAGCAGAAGGAGAAGUACAUGCCUAAAUUGAUGACAGGGGAACACAUGGGAGCCUUGGCCAUGAGUGAGUCCAACUCUGGCUCUGACGUGGUGUCCAUGAAACUGACAGCCCGAAAACAAGGUGACCACUAUGUGUUAAAUGGUAAUAAGUUCUGGAUUACGAAUGGACCCGAAGCGGAUGUUCUGAUUGUGUAUGCUAAGACAAACCCAGAGGCAGCAGCCCGUGGCAUCACUGCUUUUAUUGUAGAGAAGGGAAUGCCGGGAUUCAGCACUGCUCAGAAGUUGGAUAAACUAGGAAUGAGGGGAUCAAGCACCUGUGAACUUGUAUUUGAGGACUGCAAGGUUCCUGAGGAAAACGUAUUGGGUCCGUUAAAUAAAGGCGUAUAUGUUUUGAUGAGUGGUUUGGACCUAGAAAGACUGGUACUGGCUGCAGGGCCUGUUGGUAUCAUGCAAGCUGUGUUGGACCAUGCAAUUCCUUAUGUGCAUGUUCGUGAAGCCUUUGGACAAAAAAUUGGCCACUUUCAGCUAAUCCAAGGAAAGAUGGCCGAUAUGUAUACACGGCUCAGUUCGUGUCGGCAAUAUUUAUACAACGUCGCCCGCGCUUGCGACAAAGGCCAUUUCAGCGCUAAGGACUGCGCUGGGGUAAUUCUUUAUUGUGCUGAGAAUGCGACUCAAGUUGCCUUGGAUGGGAUUCAAUGCCUGGGUGGAAAUGGGUACAUUAAUGACUACCCGAUGGGACGAUUUCUGAGGGAUGCUAAACUUUAUGAGAUUGGAGCUGGGACCAGUGAGGUCAGAAGAAUGGUCAUUGGCAGGGCUUUCAAUGCCAUGUUCAAAUAAAAGCAGCACUUACUGAAUGGGAGGGUCA